UACAAACACAGACAUUAAGAGUGAAACUUCAAAUGGCCGCUGCCAUGGAUCAAAAUCCAGAAGGAACCGAUUCAAUAGGGUGGGCCCGCACAGAGAUAAAGUAUCACGCAAUAGUCCCGAUACCGAAGGGCUUGCUGGCUGAAAAACUGGAGAAGAAUCUGCAAGCCCAUAAUGUUCAAAUAAUUGUUGGGGACAAGAUCUUCUUGUGCAAUCACUCGGUGCUGGUCGCCUAUAGCAGGCACUUUGCAAAAACUCUCGAGGUCGGUGAUACCAUCAAGCUGACAACUGGAAUGACAGCCACCACAUUCGGGUUGGUCUACGCUUGGAUGAUUAACAAGGAUCCCCUGUGCCCUAGCGAUGAACUGGUCUCCUUGCUGAUCUCCGCUUAUUUCCUGGAAAGCCGCCGAUUAUCAAGGAGCAUCUUGGAAUCUUUCAAUGAAGCGCGAAACUUUACGGCGAGAGAAGACUACUACUGCUACCUCGAGGCCGUCGAAACGGGCAUCGAUGGCCUGGCCAAACUGUGGCUGGCGCGUGCUAGCCAAUAUUUUCUGGUUCUGGUAGCAGCCCCGGGGUUUCGUCAACUUAGUGCGCAUCGUGUAUACGAGUUGUUGAGCUCCAACCAUUUGGGAGUGCACUCAGAGAUCGAGGUCUUCUAUGCUGCUGUCAUUUGGCUCUACGAUGACUACACGAGUAGGAGGCAACACAUCAAGCAUUUGCUCAGCGCGAUUCGCUUCAAUCUGUUGCCAUCCUACCUUGUGCUCCACUGGGCGGACAAUGUGGCUGAGCUCAAAGAAGAGAUGGCACAGGAGCUGCGUGUGUGCCUAAAAGAGACCAUGUUACUCCAAAUGGAACAUCGCGCGGUGCCCUCUAACGAUUGGCCAACACCCCGAGUCUGGAUAACAGAUCCCAUGUGUCCGUACCACAAGGACGCGAAACUCGAUGCAUACAUUUACCUGAGUAUGCAGCAAUUCAUCGGUUAUCUAAAAUUACUUCAAACUUCGGAAUCAACAUUUAUAAAUCGCAUUAGGAUAUUGCCAUCCAGGAAGUCGCCUGCAAACGAUAAUGAGUUCACAGAGCCCUCGCGAAAGUUUGAGCACUACGAAUCUUAUGACUUUAUUAACAAAUCGAAUAACCCUGCAAUUACGCAGACGGGGAAGAAACCCGAUCUUCGAUGGAAAUUUUUUUAGAAUUUUAAAAUUAUUUCACUAUAAAUUCCCUUGAAUGGAUUACCUUCCUCACCUGAUCAAAUCUUUUGUUAGGCCCAUUCAGUCAUCUCACGAUUCUGAAUUAUUAUCAAUCCCAACAUAUGCACGACCUGAUCUUGAGAAAUAUGCAAACUAUCCUGUUAAAUUAUAAGAAUAAAAUAACAUUCACAAUCGA